AUGCUCGUCGCAGUGGUCCCCGCCUCCCCCCGAACAGCGCAGGAGACCAUCCGAGCCCUCCUCGAGACUGACCAGUUGACCGCCCCGGUCGGGGUGCGUGCCAUCUACCGCGACCUCGCCAAAGUACCCCCGGCAUUCCGCGCGCAUGCCGGCUUCCAGGCCGUCGCGGGCGAUCUCAGCGACGCGGAGGCCCUCGAUCUGGGUGGAGCGGACACCGUGUUCGCCAUCACCCCGCCCCGGCAUGAUGGCAGCGACAUGAUGCAGUGGGCGACCGUCGCCUCGGAAAACACCCGGCGGGCCAUUCAGCGGGCCGGGUCGGUGAAACGCCUGGUGCUACUCUCCAGCAUGGGGGCCGAGCAUGCCUCAGGAACCGGCGAAAUCCAGACCAACCAUAUUGCCGAGGAGAUCCUGAAGGACGUCGUCCCCGAGGUGAUCUUCAUGCGAGGUGCCUAUUUCAUGGAGAACUGGGCCUCGGCCAUUGCGACCGUCCAGUCGGAGCCGCCACAUUUGUACUCUCCCAUCACCCCUGUGGAUUAUGAGAUUCCCAUGGUGGCCGUCACGGAUGUCGGCAAGGCGUGCGCCACGUACCUGAUGGCCGUCGACAUUCCCAAGCAUCCCUUUGUGAUUGAAGUGCAAGGGCCCCGGGAAUACGCAGUGAAGGAUGUGCAAAACGCAUUUGCAGAAGCGGCCGGACACGCCGUGGAGGUCCGACCGGUCGCAAAGGCUGAUUUGGCGACGUUUUUCGGACAAUUCCUCCCAGAAGCCUCGGUUGGUCCGUUUGUGGAGAUGACUCUCAGUUUCUUGCCGGGCGGGUUCCUGGCCCAAAACGCCGGCAAUGCAUCGCCGGAUCGAGUGUAUCGGGGUCGGACGGAGUUGGCGGAGGCGAUUGGGCGAAUGUACAACUUGGGGUAG